AUGAGAUUUGACGCUCCGCGCCACUGGAACCACGACCGACAUAUCGCUGAAGCUCUCGCCAACGCGGCCAAUCCUCCGGCUGGCAGCCUACAGUCUGCUUUCUCACAGGCACCACAACCACCUACGUCUCUGUCAGGCCCACAAAUUGGCGCAUCGAGCCAACCCCACCAUACCACGGCUUCGCUGUCCACUCAGCAGCCACUAUCUACGGCGUUGCCUCAUUCCAGCAGCCACUCAACAACAGCUACACCAGCUGCACCACCCGCCAGUCAACUUGGCAUUCCGGUCGCCAGCACCUCCGCCUCUUCGGGCCCAUCGUCUGACUCACGUCCAGGCUGGCUCACGGAAGAGGUCGAAGAGAGUCUCGCGCGACAAGACCCUCAUCAUCUGGAGCCUGACCUGCGACGACACCUGUUACGGCUACCCAAAGCGCGCUUGCCCUCCAGCGAUGGUGGUGCUUGGUCCAGCUUGCGUGACAAGACCCUCAUCAUAUGGAGCUUGACCCGCGACGACUCCAGCUACGGGUUCCCCAAUGGCUACCGGCCGCCUUGGCUGUCGAUGAACGCUCUUCUUCAACAUUACGAGUUCUUCACGUCAGCCGUCGCCUUGUGCGAAUUGGCAUAUGCAGCGCAAUGUCUGCGGCCGUAUGUACCGUCCGCAACCUCCUUGGCAUAUGCACAGCAAUGUCUUGGACGUAUGCACCCACAACGUCUCUGGCAUACGCCUUGCGAUGUCUUCGGCGUAUGCACCCCCGCAACGUACUUGGCAUACGCUCAGUGCUGUCUCGGGCGUAUGCACUCCUGCGAUGUCCACAGCGGCAUCCGCAGCUACAAAGGCCUCCCGCCGACAGUGUCUGUACAGGCGUUUGAGUUACCAAGUCAGUGCGCUCAAUAG